AUGACUGAUUUGGGCUGUAAGAAACACAGUGAUUGCACCAUCUCCAGGCUGCUCAAUGUGGUGGAAAAUGAACUUCUGGCUGGCAGAGACAAAGGAGACCCUACUGAGAAACAACUCCAGGUUAUCUUGGAAGACUCUGCCCUGUGGCAGAGGUUCAGAGAAGUUACAAAUGAGAUGAUUGUCACCAAGAAUGGCAGCAACAGUAUCUUUUAGCAAAGUGAAACUUACCAAUAAACUAAAUGGAAAUGGGCAGAUUAUGUUGAAUUCCCUACAUAAAUAUGAGCCUCAAGUUCAUAUUGUUCGAGUAGGAGGCCCACAUAGGAUGGUAAUGAAUUGUUCUUUCCCUGAAACUCAGUUCAUUGCUGUGACUGCCUACCAGAACGAAGAGAUUACAGCUCUCAAAAUCAAAUACAACCCUUUUGCCAAGGCAUUUCUGGAUGCAAAAGAAAGAAACCAGUCCAAGGACGCUCCAGAUAUUGUCUCUGAAAGUCAACACAUGACAUAUUCUCACUUGGGUGGUUGGUUGAUUUCCAAUCCUGAUGCUGUCUGUGCAGCAGGAACUUCCAAUUAUCCAUACACGGGGAGUUUUUCUCUGCCUGCUCCACAUUCUCAUCAUGGCUGUGAACAUUAUUCAGCUCUACGAGGUCACAGAGCCGUUCCAUAUCCUGCUUCGUACAUGCAAAAAAAUAAUUAUCCAGUGAAUCUGGCAGAAAAUGCCAACAGUGAUUUCCAAGUGUCCCCAAACCAUGAAGGUUGGCCUACAGGACCCUCCAGUCACCACAGCAACCUGCUCCCAGUGCCACACAAUAGUGGUACUACUGCUCCAGGGCCCAGUCACUAUCCUUGCCUCUGGACUGUCAGUAACAAUGCUGUCAACGUUUCUAAUCUGGCAAGUGAUGUAAGCAGCAGUUCCCCAUUUCUGCGAAGCAGCAUUGCGUUGCCUGCCACAUCCUCAUCUGGUUUAUCAGGCACAGUUGCCAGCAACAUGGACACACAAUUGGAACCUGCUUUCUCCAGAUUAACUGAUUCAACCUGGACACCUGCCACCUCUCGUUCUUUCUAGUGGGCUGUGGGAAGGAGCACAUGAUCACCCGACAACAGAACUGGAGGCUGCCAUAGCAUAGGAAAAAGCCACAUCUAAUAAGAAAUUCUGGUUUUGCACUAUCUGUUCUUUUUGUUAAUGAAGGAAUUAAUCAAUUAUUAUAACAUUAUUCCUCAAGAAUGCAUAGUAAUAGAUAAAGCAAGCAUGACUUGGUGAAGUCUUCAAGUUCAUUUCACUCCUUAUAAUACCGUAUAGAAAAAAAAUAUUCUUUGUGGCACAACAUGUUGCUUUGAGAUUAAGAGUGCAAAAAGAUCAUUUAUGUUCCAGAUGAAAUUGGAAAACCACAGAGACUGAUAGCCCUAUUUGUUAUAGCAGAUAUACUAAGA